UAAGUUUUUGAGAUGCCCCGUCCAAUGACUCCCGCUCACCAUUGGUCAGAACUGUGUCACAUGGCUGCCCUAGCGGCAAGGGAGCCUGGGAAAACUCGAGUUACAUGCAGAUCCGCCUCCAAUAAAAUCAGGUUCUUCUGUCCUGACACAAUAGCUCCUCCCCUGGAGGUCUUUCCCUCCAGGCGUGGACCCUGCCCUCUCGGCAGCUCCCAAAAGCCUGGAUCAGGCCGGGACAAUCUCCAUGGCCUCCAAGAGGCACUCGCAAAACGGUUCCCAAAGUAUGGCCAUUCAGGUCAAAAUCCACACCCACACACACACACAAUGCUACCAGGACGCGGGGCAGCAGGCGGGGAGCCCUGCGCACCCCCAAGGGGCCCUCCUUUGCGCACAUGUGCUGGUGGGGCUGCAGGGCAUGCCCGGGGCAUGACCUUGUGCUCACCCCCAGGGCAGCGCCAGGGUGCCGGCGGGAGGUACCCGAAGCAGCGCCGCGCAUGCCUACAACCCCCUUCCCCAACACUUGCUGUGCGGGCUGGGUGCAAGUACCUAGGCUUUCUGUGAGAGCGCCGGCCGGGGAGAAACGGGACCACCUUUCCCAGCAUAGAGGGCCUGCCGUCCACUUCUCCUGGAGUUGCCCACUGGCAGCAUGGCACUGCCCACGAAGUCUAGCAUCUUCAACCUGGGCCUGGGCACAUGGAACCUUAGCUCCCAGGAGGAGAGGCACAGGUCUCUGGCACGCUGCCAGGGUGUCAGCCAGCAGCUACCCGAGUACAAGGCGGUGGUGGUGGGUGCCAGCGGCGUGGGCAAGAGCGCACUGAUCAUCCAGCUGAACUACCAGUGCUUUGUGGAGGAUCAUGACCCCACGAUCCAGGAUUCCUACUGGAAGGAGGUGGCCCUGGGCCGUGGGGGCUGCAUCCUGAAUGUGCUGGAUACAGCAGGGCAGGCAACCCACAGGGCUCUGCGUGACCAGUGUGUGGCCAUCGGUGACGGUGUGCUGGGGGUCUUUGCCCUCGACGACCCCGCCUCUCUAACCCAGCUGCAGCAGAUGCGGGCCACCUGGGGCCCUCACUACACCCAGCCCCUCGUCUUGGUGGGCAACAAGUGCGACCUUGUGACCUCUGCUGGAGAUGCUCAUGCUGCCGCUGCAGCCCUUGCCCAGAGCUGGGGGACCCCCUUCGUGGAGACCUCAGCCAAGACCCGCCAAGGUGUAGAGGAGGCCUUUUCCCUGCUUGUCCAUGAGAUCCAGAGGGUCCAGGAGGCCAUGGCAGGGGCCCAGGGGGAGAGGGCCCAGCCCCAGAAGAUCACUUGCCGCUGUGGCUGCUCUGUGGCCUGAAGGUCUUCAUCAAGAAAAGCAGCCCCUCACCCACUCCCAAGAUGAUGGUUCCUUUCACACGAGACCCUCCCCCUACCCCAGAGCAACUAGCUGCUGGAAUACCUUUGGUGUCCUGGGGAUAGAUAGACCCCUCUCUCAGGGAGGUUUCCAUUUGGUUUACGUUACAUUUAGUGUUGGUGGUGGUGAGUCAGGUUGAGAAAUUUUGUG